GGAGUCGCCAUCUUGUUUGUUGCUGAAGAGGAAGCUGCAGCAGGAGAACCGGAGGAGGAACCCGGGAGGAGGAGAACACCGGCAGGAGGCCGGUUAGUCUGCCGGUAGGACCGCAGGAGGCCGGUAGGAGGGCUGUAGAAAGCCGGUAGGACCCCGGUCCGAUUCCUCCUUCAUCUCCUGGUGUAGAAGCUCUGAGAAGAUGUUUUAUGCCCACUUUGUUCUCAGUAAACGAGGGCCGCUGGCUAAGAUCUGGUUGGCUGCUCACUGGGACAAGAAGCUCACCAAGGCUCAUGUGUUCGAAUGUAACCUGGAGAGCAGCGUGGAGAGCAUCAUCUCACCAAAGGUGAAGAUGGCGUUGCGGACGUCAGGCCACCUGCUGCUGGGCGUGGUGAGGAUCUACCACAGAAAGGCCAAAUACCUGCUGGCGGACUGCAAUGAAGCCUUCAUCAAGAUCAAGAUGGCCUUCAGACCAGGUGUGGUGGAUCUUCCAGAGGAGAACAGAGAAGCUGCCUAUAACGCCAUCACACUUCCUGAGGAGUUCCACGACUUCGACCAACCGCUGCCGGACUUGGAUGACAUUGACGUUGCUCAGCAGUUCAACCUGAACCAGAGCAGAGUGGAGGAGAUCACCAUGAGGGAGGAGGUGGGAAACCUCAACCUGCUGCAGGACAACGACUUCGCUGACUUUGGGAUGGACGAUCGGGAGAUGAUGCGGGAGGAGAGUGCGUUCGAGGUGGACAUCAUGGGGGCGUCGGCCUCCAACCUGCUGCUGGAGGCGGAGGGCGGAGCCAAUCAGAUGACGGACAAGUCCAACCACCUGGAGUACGACGACCAAUACAAGGACGACUUCGGAGACAAUCCCAUGGAGAGCAGCGAGGGAGGCAUGCUGGUGGACAAACUUCUGAGUAACGAGGACGGUGGCGGGAUCUUUGAUGACCCUCCGGCUGUCGCUGAGAGCGUGAUGAUGCCUCAGGACCACGAAGACGACGACUUUGACGCUUUAUCAGCCGGAGCUCCAGACAGUCCAGACUCCGGCCCAACAGAACCUCUACCAGCCAUGACGGACCAGACUGAACAAACCGCUCUGGUCCACAACGAGGAGGAAACUUUCGCUCUGGAGCCCAUCGACAUCACAGUGAAGGAGACGAAGGCGAAGCGUAAGAGGAAGCUGAUCGUGGACAGCGUGAAGGAGCUGGACAGUAAAACCAUCAGAGCUCAGCUGUCGGACUACUCUGACAUCGUCACCACGCUGGAUCUGGCUCCGCCCACCAAGAAACUCAUGAUGUGGAAGGAAACCGGAGGAGUCGAGAAGCUCUUCUCACUUCCUGCCCAGCCUCUGUGGAACUCCAGGCUGCUCAAGAUGUUCACCAGAUGUCUGACUCCUCUGGUACCAGAUGAGCUGAGGAAGAGGAGGAAAGGUGGAGAAGCCGACAGUCUGGAUGAGUUCCUGAAGGAUCUGGAGAACCCAGAGGUUCCACGAGAGGAAACCACAGGACACCAGCAGAGAGACAUCAUAGAUCAGACCAUCAUGGAGGAGGCUAACGUCCUGCAGACGGCCGCUGUAGAAGGCAGCAGGACGUCGCUGGAUGAAGCCGUGAUGCCUCCUCCAUCUUCACAGCGAGGACUGAAGCGUAAAGUCCAGGAGACGGAGCCGGCUCUACCUAUGGGAGCCGUGGACCAGCAGCAGAUCGACUCCUCCGCCGUGGAUCUGCCUCCAGAAGAAACCACCAACAUCAGCCAGCUGAUCGAGUUGGACCUGCUGGCCGACAAGGACAAGAAGAAGAGCGAUGAAGACUCCGACGAAGAGGAGGAGGAGGUCCAAGGAGGAGACCAGGACCAGGAGGAGAGGAGAUGGAACAAGAGAACCCAGCAGAUGCUUCACGGCCUGCAGAGGGUGAUGGCUAAAACCGGAGCUCAGUCCGUCAGUCUGCUGGAUCUCUGCAGGAACAACAACCGCAAGCAGGCUGCUGCCAAGUUCUACAGCUUCCUGGUUCUGAAGAAGCAGCAGGCGGUGGAGCUGGUUCAGGAGGAACCGUACAGCGACAUCGUAGCGACGCCGGGACCCCGAUUCCACAUCAUCUGAAACAUCUGGAACAUCUGCUCAUCCUAUGUUUCAGCAGCUCUGUCUUGUUUAUCUCAGUCUGUUGUUAAUCUAUUUGCCUUUUAUUUUGUGUCCUUGUGAUUUUUGCACUACUUGAAUGUGAAGCAGCUCCAUGAACCUUUUCGCUUCUAUUUAUUCCAUUUGAUUCCAGCUGCAUUUCUACACUGUACCUGUUCUUUAGAGGCUUUGUUGUCCCUGAAAUCGUCAGUUACAUUUGUGAAAAAAUAUUUAAAAACAUUUAUUGGUUUAUUUUGAUUUCAUUAAUGACAUUCGAGUAUUUCUGUAUUUUUUUAUUUUCAGUCAUGUCUUUGUUUUUCAGAUAUGUUAAUAUCUUCUACAUUAUUAUUUAUUUUUUUUACAUUUUGUUAUUUGUGAAUAUUUAAUAUUUUCAAAUAUUUUGUAAGAAUUAACUACAUUUCAUUAAUAAUUUCUCUCACUUUUACAUUAUUUCAUUUUUCACAGUUUAAUAUUUAUUUUAUAUUUUCAGAUAUUUUUUAAGAAUUAAGGACAUUUCAUCAAUAAUUUGACAGAUUUUUUAACAAUAUUUAUUUUGUCACAUUUUAUUGAUACUUGUGAAUAUCUGAACUAGGAACAUUUCAUAAAGAAUUUCUGACUUUUUUUUUUUACACGUUAUUUGUCUCACACUGUUAAUAUUUGGUUCAUUUAUAGUUUGAACAUUUUUGGACAUGUUUUUUGACAUUUCAUUCUCAUUUUUGAGAUUUAAUUCCACUUUAUUGAAUGUGUUCUUCCUUUUUUGGGACAUGCACUUCAUGCAGCUUCUUGUGUCAUUUAAACAGAUAAACAGCAUUUAUUGAUCUUCAGCUGUAUCAGCACUUUAAUGUUAUCACAGAUCAGAAACUAAAGAACUAGAGUUAGUGAACACAGUAAAAGUAAAAAAACUGCAGUAAAGUCUGAAAAACUCCAACAAAUCAUUUAUUGUUGCAGCUGCUGUUAGUGAAACAGUAAAAUAUUGUGAUUUUUGAACACAAACUGCAUUUAAUCUGUAGAAGAGCUUCAGGAUGAAAACAUGAACGUCUGCAUGCUGCCUGAAAUGUUCUACUGAGAUGCACAAAACACCUGCUUCUGUCUUAAGUCUUCAUUUUUGUAACCAGUCAUUCAGAUUUAUUGACUGUUCAGCUUCUACAGUGUUUACGUUGGAAUAUCGGAGCGUUUUUAAUUUAAAAACUGGUUGGAAUCGAGGAUCAGGUGAAGCAUGUUGGAGAAAAAGUUCAGUCCACUCUUCUCUUCUUCUGUAGAAAACACUGAAUGCAUCACUUUAACACCCAGAUAAAAACUGAGUUCAGCUUCUAGUUAAACUAAACCUUCCGUCUGAGUUUGUAGAAAAAAAAAACUCAUCUUCUCAUGAUAUUGUCUCUGAAUUAUUUCUGUCUGCUGCCUGUAAAUCCAGAGUUUUUCAAAAUAAAAGCAGUGAAAGUG